CGGUCGCGGCCCGCGAGCGCCGCGCACGGUCCCACCGGAGCCCGACCGAGGGAGGACACGAUCUUGAAAACUUUACUGGGUCCUUGAGAGAGAAAACUACAUGACACUACACCAUGAGUGACAGUAAAUGUGAUAGUCAGUUUUACAGUGUUCAAGUUGCAGAUUCAACAUUCACUGUACUAAAACGUUACCAGCAGUUGAAGCCCAUAGGAUCAGGGGCACAGGGCAUUGUUUGUGCUGCGUUUGAUACAGUCCUUGGAAUAAAUGUUGCUGUAAAGAAGCUGAGUCGUCCUUUUCAGAAUCAAACCCACGCAAAAAGGGCUUACAGAGAGCUUGUUCUUUUAAAAUGCGUCAAUCACAAAAAUAUAAUAAGUUUAUUAAAUGUAUUUACACCACAGAAGUCACUAGAAGAAUUUCAGGAUGUAUAUUUGGUCAUGGAGCUGAUGGAUGCAAAUUUGUGCCAGGUUAUUCAUAUGGAAUUGGAUCAUGAAAGAAUGUCUUAUCUUCUUUACCAAAUGCUGUGUGGAAUCAAACAUCUCCAUUCAGCUGGUAUCAUCCACAGAGAUUUGAAACCCAGCAACAUAGUGGUAAAAUCAGAUUGUACACUCAAAAUCCUUGAUUUUGGACUGGCAAGAACAGCAUGUACUAACUUUAUGAUGACUCCAUAUGUAGUAACACGGUAUUACAGAGCACCGGAGGUUAUCCUUGGAAUGGGAUAUAAAGAGAAUGUUGAUAUCUGGUCAGUUGGGUGCAUCAUGGGAGAAUUGGUGAAAGGUUGUGUGAUAUUCCAAGGCACUGAUCAUAUUGAUCAAUGGAAUAAAGUUAUUGAACAAUUAGGAACACCAUCAGCAGACUUUAUGAAGAAACUACAGCCUACAGUGAGGAAUUAUGUGGAAAACAGGCCAAAAUAUCCCGGUAUUAAGUUUGAAGAGCUAUUUCCAGACUGGAUAUUUCCAUCAGAAUCUGAUCGUGAUAAGCUGAAAACCAGCCAAGCUAGAGAUUUAUUAUCAAAAAUGCUUGUAGUAGAUCCAGACAAGAGAAUUUCUGUAGAUGAAGCCUUACGUCAUCCUUAUAUUACUGUCUGGUAUGAUCCAGCUGAAGCAGAAGCUCCUCCACCUCAAAUUUAUGAUGCACAAUUAGAAGAAAGAGAACAUGCAAUUGAAGAAUGGAAAGAAUUAAUAUACAAAGAAGUAAUGGAUUGGGAAGAAAGGAGCAAGAAUGGUGUGGUAAAAGAUCAGCCCUCAGAUGCAGCAGUGAAUAGCAACACCAGUCCUUCCCAGUCAUCAUCUAUCAAUGACAUUUCAUCCAUGUCAACAGAGCAAACAUUGGCCUCCGAUACAGACAGCAGCCUCGAUGCCUUGACAGGACCCCUCGAAGGAUGUCGAUGAUCAGCCAGGAUUGCAGACUUGACUUUGGAAAAGAUCUCUUGUUUCCAUUGGGCCUGAAUUGCUUGUAAGUUAAUGGAACCAAGUAGAAAAACUCCAUGUUCUGCAUGUUCUGCUAAAGUAAUGCCUGUUUUUUUUUUAACUCAGUUGUUAUGAAAUUGCCUGCUUAAUGUUGUAGAAUGAAAGCAAAUCAAUGUUUAAAGAACAAAAGAUUUUAAAUUUAGACACUAUUAUAGGCUUCUGUUUGUUUCAGCCUAUUUCAGGUGAGCAGUUAUAAUAGACUUUUAGCCAAUAACUCCUCUUAAGUGGGUUCAUGAAUCUUCAGUCCCAACUAGCAGGCUUCUGUGACACAAUGGUUGUUUACAUUUUAGUACAGUAUUGCUCAUUAG